AUGAAUAACCAACUUACCAUCAUUGAAGAACCACGUUUAAAAAGUACAAAAUAUUUCGAUUAUAAAUGUUCACCUCAAACCUUGGGAUUACAUAACUUUUUCAUAGACGAACCAGCAUCUAAAUGGUGCCUUGAAACUUUCGUUAAUAGAGUAAUAAAAAACAAAGAAACAGAACUCAAUUUUGAUCAAAUUCAGGAACUUUUCUUAACCAACUUGGAUCAAAUUAAUAAUCUAAAGAGUACACCCCAAAGUGUUCAUAGCUUUUGUGAAAACUAUAUUAACUGGUUACAGUUUUUUGAAGAAACCAUUGAAAGAGAAAAAUUAGUGCUACAAAAGCGAAAGCAAAAAGAGAUUCUUGAGGAAUAUGUGAGCGAAAAUGCUAAAUUUCAGGCAUUUGAGAGCAGUAUGCAACUUCCAAGAAGGGAGAAGAGGAAAAUAACAUCACCACCACCUCGGGAAAGCACCUCCGAUGAUGAAGAUGUACUUCUGACAACACCAAACAAGAAAAUGUUGGAAAAUGAAGAUGUUAAAUUAUAUGUCGAGUCAAUUCCCAUUGUAUGUGCAUUUGGUGUAAAUAUAUUCAAACUGAAAAAAUUAUUAGGGAAUGAUUUAGCGAACCAAAUCUCUGAGUAUCGGGACAAAACACCUUCUAUAUGGACAAAAGAACUAGAGAAUUAUUUAGAAUAUGCAUUGGAUCAAACAGGAAAACAAUUCAAGAUGGCAAUACAGAAUGAAAUAGAAGGAGAAUCGGCUAACAAGUUUAGGGAGCGAAAAUUUAUUGUAUGCCAUAUCUCAGCUUUGUUCAAAUUUUACGAAUCAACAUUUGGAACUUUGACAUUUGACUGGAUUGAAUCUCAUUCACAGGCUGCAAAAGUGACUAAAUCAUCAACAGAUACCGGGAUUGUAAAAGAUGAAUUUUCUGAUUCAAUAUUUAUAUUCUAUUCAACAAAAAAGGAACUCGGAAUAGAGAUGGAAAUGAUGUCUGGCACAUUGGUUGAUUAA